AUGGCGACCAGCGAGCCGUCAGUGUGGGACGGCCGGCGUACAUCACAGCUAAGAAUCAUCCUUCUUGGCGGCAGAAACUGUGGAAAGAGCUCUGUGGGGAACUUACUCCUGGGCAAAGAGGAGUUUGACACCAAAGAGAGGACCUCGUGCUCCUGGAGGCUGGGCGUGGUGGCCGGACGGUGGCUCACGGUGGUGGACGCUCCCGGCUGGUGGUGCGACUUCAGCGCUCAGGACACGUCCGAGCUGGUGAAGAGGGAGAUCAUAAGCAGCGUCUCUCUGUGCUCGCCGGGCCCACACGUAUUUCUAAUCACCGUCAAGGCCAGCUCGGCCUUCUCGGAGAAGCGUCGCAGGGCCGUGGAGGAGCACGUGGCCCUGCUGGGCGAGAGGGUGUGGCGUCACUGCAUGGUGGUCUUCACCUCUGCUGACAGGGGUAAACACACAGGGGUAGAGGGGCUCGUACAGGCGGGGGGGAAGGCCCUCCGCUGGCUCACUGAGAGGUGCAGUCGGAGGUGUCACUCUCUUGUCUUGAGCGAUGACACUGAAGCCACAGAGCUGCUGGAGAAAAUCCAGAAACUUGUCACAGAAAAUGGACACAGAGUGUUUGAGAUGCAGGAGGAGAUUUUACAGGCGAUCGAGGAGGAGAAGAGAGGGGUGGAGGAGAGGGCUCGGCAGAGGUUUACGAGAACGAAGAAGCACAGAUCGCUCAUGAGAGAGCAGCUGCGGCCUGUUACUGAUAUCCGGAUUGUGUUGGUGGGAGCAAAGGGUUCUGGGAAAACUUCCACACUGAACACAAUCCUGAGCAGAGAGAGCGCCGAGCGGCCGAGGAGAACCGCCCAGUGCCAGGUGCGAGGAGGGGUGGUGUUCGGCAGACACGUGACGGUGGUGGACACACCCGGCUGGUGGAUGAACUACUUCUGUGACGAGAGUCCCGUCUUCGACCGCAGGGAGCUGCUGGUCAGCUUGUCCCUGUGUCCUCCGGGGCCUCACGUCUUCCUGCUGGUGAUCCGUGUGGACAGGGCCUUCACCGACACCUACAGGAGAGCGGCGCAGGAGCACCUCCAGCUGAUCGCCGGGCACAUCUGGAGUCGCGUCAUCGUGCUGUUCAGCUUCGGGGACUGGCUGGGUGGCACGACUCCCGAGCAGUGCAUCGAGAGCGAGGGGGAGCCUCUGCGCUGGCUCGUUGAAAGAUGCGGCAACAGGUAUCAUGUCCUGAACAACAAAACCAAAGGGGAUGGGUUUCAAGUCAGAGAGCUGAUUGGGAAGAUCGAGGAAAUGUUGGUUGGCUGCAGCGGUGGCCAGCAUUACGAAAUAGAGAGGAAAGCGAUGGAACAGAUGGAGGACAAGAUGAGAGGAGAGAGGGAGAGAGCCGAGGAGAGACUGAUGAAGAAGGAGAAACAAAGGCAGAUGGCGAGGUCUCAGCUGGAGAAGCUCAACCCUCUUCCAGAGCUGAGAAUAGUGCUCGUUGGCGGCAGGAAAACAGGCAAGAGCUCAUGCGGAAACACCAUCCUGAGCAAAGAGAGCUUCCAGACAGAAACACAAACCACUUCCUGCUCCGAAAGACGAGCCAAAAUCAGCGGGAAGACGGUGGUGGUGCUGGACACACCGGGCUGCUUCUCUGUGACCUCUGACCUCCUCGUGCUGCCCUGCGCUCUCCUCCUGGUUGUCAAUGCGAGCUCCUCAUUCAAAGACACCCACAGGGAGGCGAUGGAAAAACAGCUGGAGGCAGGAGGAGGCCAGAUGUGGAGCAGAGCUGCGGUCCUGUUCAGCCACGGCGACUGGCUGGGCGACACCAGCAUCGAGCAGCGCAUUGAGAGCGAAGGGGGCCCGCUGCAGAGGCUGGUGGAGCGGUGUGGAGGCAGGUAUCACGUGCUGGACAACAAACACGGCGGGGAUGGGGCGCAGGUUAACGAGCUAAUCGAGCUGAUAGAGGAGAUGCUGGUAGGAGAAAGGCUGGCUGUUCUUCACAGAGGGCAGCAGGCAGACACAGUGACGCUGUGCAGAAGAGAUCUAGAAGUGCUUAUGAGCUGCAGACACCAGCUGCCUAAUGACUUGGCUGAAUCGGCCAGUUUCACUGCUCAGACGUCACUAACCUGCUCAGAUGAUGGUGGUCAGAUGGUGGCAGUACCAGCAGGUAGAAGAGGAGGACGGACUGGACUCAUCCUGGACAGAGACAGCUUCAUGUCCUGUAUGCUCUCUGGUGGACAGGGACUGUGGUGGACUAAAAAUCUGCCCGUCUGGUUCUCUGCUGAUGAUCUUCACCUGAGACUGAGCAGUGAAAGCCGGGUGCCUCUGUUCUCACCCAGACAUCCAGCAAAGCUUCUGGCUUUACCUCAAACACAAAGCAGGAAGCUUGCAGAGGAAAAACUCAUCAGUGUGAAUGAUCUCGGCUAUCCUGCACUGAGAGAGCGGACUCUCAGGAGGCUCAGUGGGUCUGGAGGUCUGCAGGCCCUGAUCGACCAGGGGGACCACAGAACCCUGGAGGAGCUGGAAGCCUUCAUUGACUCAUACUUUGAGAUGGUUUGGGGGCAAACCAUGGGGUUGUUUCAGACCGCUGAGGCCGACUGUCCCACCUCUGAGCAGGAGGCUGCCGUCGAGGAAGCUGCACAGGAGGAAGUGCUCUCAUCCAUUGACAGAAGGCUUUCAAAGCUGGACCUCCUUGAGGAGAUCAGGAGGGAUCUGGCAGAGCUGAGGACCAGUCUGGAGCACAACCGGAAGGCCAUACAGGAACUCAGAGAAAGAAGUAAACAAGAUGAUGCAUGUUAA